AUGGAUUAUUCCUCCUUCAUGUUUCUAUUAGUUUUAAGAGAAGGUCAAUGGAGAGUAAGUGAAGUACUAGAUUCUACUGGUCUAACUACUGAGGCCUAUCAACACAAGUAUCAGUCAUUAUUAAAGAACAGACAAUGGUGGCAAGAUCAGUUUAUAGUAUACCCUACAGACAGAGAAGUAAAACUAAAAAAUUACGUUGAAUCGUUGCAGGAGGAGUUAAGAGUAUUUGAGGGAAACAAGACCUCACUGCAGGAAGCACUCCUUGAGGCUAGUCAGCAAGGUAUAGUCCUCUACUGUGUGUGUGUGUGUGUGUUUACUAGUUUGAUGAUCUUAAAGGAGAGGAGGAGGAGCAUAGAUCAGAAACUAAACAAUCAACAACCAAUCAAAAAGAGAUUGAGAAACUUAAAGCUAAAGUUGUUGAUAGUGAAACUUAUAUAGCCAUAUUGACAGAGCAGAAAACUUUAACUAAUG